AUCAAAUAAUGGAGAAAAGACCGUUCACUUUCUCACACACACACAAACCCUCAAAAUACACACCUUUUCUUCUUCCAGAGCAAAAGAUAGCAUUUUCAUUUGUCCUACAUUUCAAGUAGAAUCCCUUCACAACUUUCACUCACUACCUCCUAAAAUCCCCUCCUUUUUGGUUAAAAUCCACACACCACUCACCCUCACCAUUUCCCAUACCUAAAGGACAAAAAAAAAACUUCAUCUUCAUCUGCCUUUUUCUCACUCUAACCAUAACCUACACAUCAAUCGAACAACCAAAAAAUCAAAAUUAAAAAAAAAAAGGAAAUCUAAAGGGAGACAUUAAACUCGGUUUGAAUGAGAACCGCCAUUGCCGUCUUCCUCCUCCUCUUGCUCCACCUCUGCGGCUCCCUCGCCGGCCUUCUCGCAGUGCCGGCCCAGCCUUUGAAUCCAGUCGACUUCAACACCGUCCCGGCCCUACCGGUCCAGACGGCUUCCCGGACCUGCCGCCUGGACCUCUCCGCCGAGCUCUUCGGCGGCGUCGGCGCCGCUUGCGGCGGCAGCGUCCUCGACCGGAGCCGCUGCUGUCCCGUGCUCGCCGCGUGGUUGUUCGCCGCACACGCCCGGUCGGCCCUCCAGAUCGCGCCGACGGCGGCGGCUGCAGCCUCGCCGGCCGGAUCGGAGCUGCCGAUGUUGCCGGACGACUCGCAGAACUGCGUGAACUCACUCCAGAGCUCGCUGAGCAGCCGGCACAUAGUCCUCGCCCAGCCGAACAACACGUGCGACACCAUUUUGUGUUUCUGCGGGAUCCGGCUCCACCAGAUCACGUCGCUCAGCUGCCCUGCGGCGUUCAACAUCACCGGAGGACACCGGAACGCAACGCCGACGGCCGCCGUGAGGAAUCUGGAGCGCAACUGCAGGAACUCGUCGUACGCCGGGUGCACCAGGUGCUUAGGUGCUCUGCAAAAGGUAAAAGGGCAGGGUAAAAACGGAACAAAAGGACAAGACGAGGAAUACGGCAGCGAGAGGGCGAGCAAGAUGCUGAGCAAGGACUGCCAGCUCAUGGGUCUGACGUGGCUGCUGGCCCGCAACAAGACGGCGUAUAUACCCACCGUCUCCGCCGUGCUCCGCGCCAUGAUGUACAGUGCCCACCCGCCGCGUGAGUCCACGUGCUCCCCCGACCAGGAGAACAUGCCCCUCGCUGUCGAUUCCCUGCAAUUCGAACGAUACGGCUCCUCUUCCUCUGCAGGCACCUUUAUUCCGGUUCUGCCCCUAAUCAUUCUCUGCUCUCUUUUUGUACUGUAGGCCGUAGGUCCCACAUUUUGGAUUUGUUGGGCGAUUUUGUUUGUCCCUAGACUGGGGUGGGG